AUGACAGAGCCAGUUCGAUAUCCGCUACUGCGCAUGGAAGACGUGCUCCACGCGGCGAAGACUACCAGCGACGUGACUACGCUGGACCUCCAAUCUGGCUAUUUUCGGGUUGAUGAGCUUUCAUUACACCAUAAGGCACCUUCAGGUUUAAGAAAAUGUCGAUGGUCUUCUAAUUCUGGCACCACGUUUCAACGGCUAAUAGAUCUUUUCAAGGAAAACUUGAACGUACCAGCUCGAAAACAUGAGGUAAAUGACAGCUCCGAUGCCCCUCUAGACCUACAAGGAAGCAAACCUGUGACUAUCUUAGGAUAUCUGGACGAGGAUACCUGA